AUGGAUGACCAAACUCAAUUCACAGAAAAAGCAUUGAACAUCUUGACAAUAGCUCAAAAACUGGCCCAAGAUCACCAGCACGCACAACUACAACCAGUGCAUUUGCUGGCGGCGUUCGUGGAGACGCCAGAAGACGGAUCGAUCGCUUAUUUACAAAAUCUGAUCGAAAAGGCGCGGUACGACUACGAUGCGUUCCGCAGGUGUGUGAACAAGCACCUGGUCAGAAUUCCGCAGCAAAUGCCAGCACCAUCCCAAAUAUCGCCUAGCUACAGUUUGGGCCAGGUUCUGCAAGAGGCUGCCAAAAUCCAAAAACAGCAGAAGGACUCGUUCAUUGCACAGGAUCACCUCUUGUUUGCCCUAUUCCAAAAUUCCAGCAUCCAAGAGAUCUUCAAAGAAGCGCAAGUUCAAAUUGAGUCCGUCAAACAGCAGGCCUUAGAACUGCGUGGAAAUCAAAAAAUCGACUCGCGUGGUGCUGACACCAAUGACGCCCUUGAGUAUCUCUCGAAAUAUGCCAUCGACAUGACAGAGCAGGCUCGUCAGGGGAAACUAGAUCCCGUCAUCGGUAGGGAGGAGGAAAUCAGAGGCACCAUUCGUGUCCUGGCGCGUAGAAUCAAAUCGAACCCCUGUUUAAUCGGUGAGCCCGGUAUAGGUAAGACCGCCAUCAUUGAAGGUGUUGCCCAAAGAAUUAUCGACGACGACGUGCCCAGCAUUUUGUUUGGGUCCAAACUCUUCAGUUUGGACUUGGCUGCAUUGACUGCAGGCGCCAAAUACAAGGGUGACUACGAGGAAAGACUCAAAGGCGUAUUGAAGGAAAUCGAACAGUCAAAGACUCUCAUUGUUUUAUUCAUCGACGAAAUUCACAUGCUUAUGGGUAACGGAAAGGAUGAUGCCGCUAACAUUCUCAAGCCAGCUCUUUCAAGAGGCCAACUAAAAGUUAUUGGCGCUACGACUAAUAACGAGUACCGUGCCAUUGUUGAAAAAGAUGGCGCUUUUGAGAGAAGAUUCCAGAAGAUUGACGUUCAAGAACCAUCUGUCAGACAAACAGUGGCCAUUUUAAGAGGUCUGCAGCAAAAAUACGAAAUUCACCACGGGGUUAGAAUUUUGGACAGUGCUCUAGUUACUGCCGCUCAACUCGGCAAGAGAUACCUUCCAUACAGAAGGUUGCCCGACUCGGCGCUAGAUCUGGUCGACAUUUCUUGCGCUGGUGUCGCAGUGGCUAGAGAUUCCAAGCCUGAGGAGUUAGAUUCCAAAGAACGUGAAUUGCAGCUAAUUCAGGUUGAAAUCAAAGCUCUAGAAAGAGACGAAGAGGCAGAUCCAACGACGAAGGAUCGUCUGGCUCAAGCUAGACAAAAGGAGGCAUCUUUACAGGAAGAUUUGGUUCCUUUGAGGCAGCGUUACGACGAGGAGAAAAAGGGCCAUGAGGAGUUAACCAGAGCCAAGAAGAAGUUGGAAGAACUGGAAAACAAAGCAGUGGAUGCAGAACGUCGUUACGAUACGGCAACCGCUGCAGACUUGAGAUACUUCGCGAUUCCUGACAUUAAAAAGCAAAUCCAAAAUCUAGAAAACCAAGUUGCUGAGGAGGAAAGACGUGCUGGAUCUGGAGCCAUGGUUCAAAAUGUAGUAGACAGUGACACCAUUGCUGAAACUGCGGCCAGGCUAACCGGUAUCCCUGUCAACAAGUUGACCGAAUCCGAAAACGAAAAAUUGAUCCACAUGGAGAGGCAUCUUGCUUCAGAAGUCGUCGGUCAAUCAGAGGCUAUCAAGGCGGUUUCUAACGCAGUAAGACUGUCAAGGUCAGGUCUAUCGAACCCCAGACAGCCUGCUUCCUUUUUGUUUUUAGGAUUAUCAGGAUCCGGUAAGACAGAGCUGGCUAAGAGGAUCGCUGCUUUCUUGUUUAAUGACUCUGAUGCCAUGAUAAGAGUUGACUGUUCCGAACUCAGUGAGAAGUACUCAGUAUCCAAGCUUUUGGGUACCACAGCCGGAUAUGUUGGCUACGACGAGGGUGGUUUCUUGACCAACCAAUUGCAAAGGAAGCCAUACUCGGUGUUGCUGUUCGAUGAGGUUGAAAAAGCGCACCCAGACGUUUUGACUGUCAUGUUGCAAAUGUUGGAUGAUGGUAGAUUGACAUCUGGACAAGGAAAGACAAUUGACUGCUCCAACUCUAUCAUCAUCAUGACCUCGAACUUGGGUGCCGCCUUUUUGAGCUCACAAACCGGCUCUCGUGUCGAGGACUCCACCAAAUCUUUGGUGAUGGGUGCUGUUAGACAACAUUUCAGGCCCGAGUUCCUGAACAGAAUUUCCAGCAUUGUGGUAUUCAACAAGUUAUCACCAAAAGCCAUUCACAGAAUUGUGGACAUUAGACUAAAGGAAAUCGAAGAGAGAUUCGAAGAAAACGACAAAUACUACAAGCUCGAUGUGUCAAAGGAAGCUAAAGAUUUCUUGGCUAGGAACGGUUACUCACAAGAUAUGGGUGCUAGACCUUUGAACAGGUUGAUCCAGAAUGAAAUUCUCAACAGAAUGGCUAUCAGGAUUUUGAAAAAACAAAUCAGGGAGAAGGAAGUCGUCAGAGUUGUUUUCAAACCUGGUCACGGAGAUGAACUAGACCAGCUCGAGGUUUUACCCAACCAUGAAAGCAGUGACACCGACAUGGAUGUGGAUGACGACUGGGACAACCUCGACGACAGCUUUACAGAUGGAACACCCCUAGAUUAA